GAAAGGGGAACUGGAAGGGAAGGCCAGUGGGAGGAAGCUGGGAGGAGGCUGGAAAAAGAAAAGCAGACUGGAGAAGGCUGGAGAGACCGAGAGAGAGAGAGAGAAGGAACUAGGAGAUGAGGGUCACGGAGUGACCCGGGAGGCUGAGGUUUCUGGAAUCCAGAGACUUCUGAGACUGUUUGGUAUUCGGGAGAGUCCGGCUCCUGCAGCCAGUUGGGCAGCAGCGACAAAGUGAAAUGGGCAGUGUGAGACAGAUAUUGCAGCCAUCUCUCCAGCACCCAGAGAUUUGGAAGCUGUUUUCAGCCCAACUACAGUUUCCUAGCUGGAACCUCUAAGUGCUCAGGACCCGCGGGAGCCAAGCAAGAGAGUGCUGGUGAGUGCUCCCUUCAGAUGCCUUCGCCAGAGCAAGUAAGAACUUCCCGCUCCCGUCUCUGGAUCCCUUCCCUCUGAAACUCCCCAGAAAAGAAGAAAGACCCUAGAGGGAGGGGUGAGGGAGAUCCCCUUGCAGUUCUUUUCCCCUCCCUUCCCCCAUCCCAGCGGGAGUGCAGGCAGGCAUGGAUAUGUUCAGUCUUGGCCAGGGCAACAACACCACAGUGUCCCAGGAGCCCUUCGGGACAGGCGGCAACGAUACUGACAUCUCCGACGUGACCUUCAGCUACCAAGUGAUCACCUCUCUGUUGCUGGGUACGCUCAUUUUCUGCGCGGUACUCGGCAAUGCCUGUGUGGUUGCUGCCAUUGCCUUGGAGCGCUCCCUCCAGAAUGUGGCCAACUAUCUCAUCGGCUCCUUGGCAGUCACCGAUCUCAUGGUGUCAGUGCUGGUGCUGCCCAUGGCUGCUCUGUACCAGGUGCUCAACAAGUGGACCCUGGGACAGGUCACUUGCGACCUGUUUAUCGCCCUGGAUGUGCUGUGCUGCACCUCGUCUAUCCUGCACCUGUGCGCCAUCGCGCUAGACAGGUACUGGGCGAUCACCGACCCUAUAGACUACGUGAACAAGAGGACGCCCCGGCGCGCCGCUGCGCUGAUCUCACUCACUUGGCUCAUUGGCUUUCUCAUCUCCAUCCCGCCCAUGCUGGGCUGGCGCACCCCGGAAGACCGCUCGAACCCCGACGCGUGCACCAUCAGCAAGGACCACGGCUAUACCAUCUAUUCCACUUUCGGGGCUUUCUAUAUCCCGCUGUUGCUCAUGCUGGUUCUCUAUGGGCGCAUCUUCAGAGCCGCGCGCUUCCGAAUCCGAAAGACUGUCAAGAAGGUGGAAAAGAAGGGAGUAGGCACCAGCUCCGGCACAUCGUCAGCCCCGCCCCCCAAGAAGAGCCUGAACGGACAGCCAGGUAGUGGGGACUGUAGGCGCAGUGCUGAGAACAGGGCGUUGGGGACACCGUGCGCUAAUGGGGCGGUGAGGCAGGGUGACGAUGAAGCUUCCCUGGAGGUGAUCGAGGUGCACCGAGUGGGCAACUCCAAAGGGCACCUUCCUCUGCCCAGCGAGUCAGGAGCUACCUCCUAUGCCCCCGCCUGCUUGGAGAGAAAAAAUGAGCGCAAUGCUGAGGCAAAGCGCAAGAUGGCCUUGGCCCGUGAGAGGAAGACAGUGAAGACGCUGGGCAUUAUCAUGGGCACCUUCAUCCUAUGCUGGCUGCCGUUUUUCAUUGUGGCCCUGGUCCUGCCUUUCUGUGAGAGCAGUUGCCACAUGCCUCCGUUGUUGCGUGACAUAAUUAACUGGCUAGGCUAUUCCAACUCCCUGCUCAACCCAGUUAUUUAUGCUUAUUUCAACAAAGACUUUCAAAACGCUUUUAAGAAGAUCAUAAAGUGCAAGUUCUGCCGCCGAUGAUGAUGAUGAUGAUGAUGAUGGCGGCGAUAAUAGUGGUGGUGAUGGAGAAAGAAAAGAGGAGGAAGAGUGUAGGGCUUACAGGACCCUCUCCAUUCACUCAAUAUCCCCGACCCGGAAGCAACACCUAAGAUAACUUGCUUUUCUUAGAACACGCAGCUUUGUAGCCCAAGGCUUUCAGAUCUUGCUCUCUCUAUGUCUCAUUUCAAGGGGACAAUGCUCUUUGCAGAAAUCCUAGAGAACCCCUAGAGUCUGUGUGAAAAGUUAUCGGCUCAGUCUUUGGUCCUAGGAUCAGUUUUUAUAGUUGCAAUAAUUGCCUCCCUAUUUGAAAUCCAAUUCUUCAUGAUGGAAGUUUAAACCUCGAUGAUUCAAGUCAGAAAACCCCAACAGAAAAUCCAAACUGUAUGGACAUCUGCCAUGCCCACUAGAGCUGUCACUCUCUGCCCUACUUCUGGACCUUUGAGGUUCAAGACUGUUCUGUCUCUCCCUUCCUCUUGCUCUAGAAACAUCUGUUCCUUCCCACUGGGUGUCAAUCUGCACGGUUUAACCUGGUCUCCAUGCACUCAUUGCUGGUCUGGAAAAACAGGUGGAACUACUUUGGGUUAUGGUGCGCUAGAAAACUUUACCUUGUUGAAUAGCAAAAGAUUCCCCACCCUCGUGCAACACCCACUGUCUGUAUUUUUUUUUUUUUGAACUCAAAAUCAAGUGGCAAAGGUGUCUGUUGGAGUGGACUUAUAAGUAGGCCUGGCCCAUGGGAAAGAGCUAGGAAGGCUUAUGGAUGGUUUCCUGUACUGGUGUUAGCACUCACCAAAGAAAUUGACAAUCAGACUAUUUGGAAAGAAGAGUUUUAUUCCUACAGUUUGUUGGCCUUUCUGUAAGUUCUGGCAAGGCCAUGUGUCAACUUCAGGAGGCUCCCACUGCUGGCCAGGGAGGGCGCACUGAGGGUACUAAGAUGCCCAGGAUGGCUCGCCCCAUCCUCAGUUUUGUUUCUAGCAAUGAGCUCUGCCAGAGCAUCCUGCCUUGGGUUUGCAGCAUCCAGGUUCCUUCACCUCACCUCUCAUAGCAUCCGGGAACUAGUAGAGAAGUUUGAGUUUGUGCAAGAGGGUGGAGACUUAGAAACUUCUAUGGAAGUGUUGUCGUGGGGGCACUUAGAGAAGACAAAGAGCAAAACAGCUCCAAAGUGCUUUCAAUUCCUGCGGUGCGUCCUGGGGGAACCUAAAAGGGCAAUUUUAAGCAUAGGAUGCAAAUUUUCUCAAUUCACCCUUUCCCCUUUCGAUCGUGGAACAGCUUUGUUUAACAUAUCCUGAUAAUGCCCGGAUUUAUUCUCUGGAACAUUCUGUGCGCACACACAAAUUUAGCAGAACUCUGGGCUCUCCGUGCCAAGGAUUUCAACACUUCCCCACUACCUACCUAAGAUCUUGAUCUCAGAGGGAUACCCAAAGGAGAGGGCAAUCUCUGUGGAGUCUCAGAAUCUAGAGGGUUAAUUCGUUCCAGCCCCAGAAUAUUGAGUGUAAAACCAGCUUUGUGUCCUCUCAAUUCCCCCCACCCCCCAAGCGUUCUUUCCCUGCAGUUAUUUUUGCUGCCCCACCCCCACCCCAGAGAAGAAUAUUCUUUUGGUGCUUCGUUUGAAUGUACAUUUCUAGCUAGGUGAGAGGGCAUCAAGAGGUUUGCUUUAUUUCUGAACUUUAAAUUUUCUGUUGAAUAAUGGUUUCUUUUUCAAGCAAUCACACGGAGAUUUUUCACUCCCCCAUCCCUUUCAGCUGUAUCUUUCCAAUGUCUGCACCUGCUGUUUUGAAAAUCUCUCUGCAUCUUUUUUUUUUAAUUGCCAACUUUCCCGGUAAGACUUCCCCCUUGUGUUUAUAAACAGGGAGAAAAGACUGUCCUGUCAGACGAAGCCAUUAUUUUAUUUGUUAAACUGAACAAAGCCUCUAUUUGGUUUCUUUUGCUUUACCCUAAAGUGGGAACGAGUAUUAUAAUCCAUUGCAACAGAAUCAUCUCAGUAAGCCUGUGGGGUGUCUACUUCUGAGAGGCUGAUUUGGGGCUCUAUGGAGAAGACACAUUGGGCUGGGCUUCUCCAGUACAAACAGUACUUGCUUGUAAAUUUAGCUUGCUUGCUUGCUUUAUUGAUUGAUUGAUUGAUUGCUCAUGAAAAUGAAGUAGAACUAUAUGACCAAAUAAGUUUUUUUUUCUGUAUGUUUUACUAUUUUUAGAACAGAUCCUUUACUUGAAAUAAACCAAUCCCUGAAUUUCAGAUGUUACUUUGGAAACCAAGACUUCUAACUUUUACUUCUUUGUAUUUUUUUUUCCCCAUUAGGAAUGUUUGGCUAUGAUGGGGGAGGGGCAUUGCUCCAGCUAUUUUGAGAAAGAGACUUUAAACAAGACUGGAAAGGGGGCACCCAACUGGAAUAUAAUUGCCAAGUAAUAGAGCAAUCAGAGAAAUAAGUGCAACAUGCUGCACAGCUCUAAAGAACCCCUGAUGCUUGUUUUAUUUUAAAAUAUGUGUAUUACAGUAAAACACUAAUGCAUCAAAAUUGGCCUUCACUUUUCCUUGUGAUAAUAAAGGACUUUAAUAAUGGUGAUGCUGUAAUAAACUAAGACUAGUUACCUGUGUGU